AUGUCAUCAUCUGGGUCUUGUCAACAAUCUACUUCCAUGGAUGUUUCACAAACUUUUCGAGGAAGAAAUGAUAUAGCAUGGGCACAUGUUAAUGAGGGCGUGGAUGAAAAUGGGAAGAAAAUAUUAACAUGUCUUUACUGUGGUAAGAUACUCAGAGGUGGAGGAAUCUAUCGAGUUAAAUUGCAUCUAACGGGUAUAAAGAGAGAAGUUGGAAAGUGCCCUAAAGUUCCUUUUGAUGUUAAAUUCAAGAUUAGAGAAGCACUAAAUGAAAUUGGGGCCAAGAAUAAACAAAAAGUUGAACUUCGUAAGAAUGUCAAUCCUUAUGGAGCUAGUGUACAACAAUUUGAGGGUGAUAUGUUAGAUAAAGAUCAAGAGUGUGAAGAGGUUUCUCCAUGUCCAGCUCCAGCUCCAACUUCAAUUGCAAGCAGUAAAAGAAAAAAAUCUAUUGGGAUAGGUGACUAUUUUGCUCCGAGGACUAAGGCUGGGUGUCAGCCCUCAAUUAGGAGUGUUUUAGCCGGAAAAGAAGCUAAGUGGAGAGCAGACAUGACUGUUGCAAGGUUAUUUUAUGAUUCUUGCAUCCCAACUAAUGUUAUUAAUUCAAUUUAUUUUCAACCUAUGGUGGAUGCUAUAGCUGCAAUUAGUCCUGGGUAUAAAAUCCUAACUUACCAUAAUUUGCAUGUGAAUUUAUCGAGAGAUGCUAAGAAAGAAGUGCAAUUACUUGUUGAUAGUUACAAGAAAACUUGGGAGGAUGUUGGAUGUACUUUAAUGGCUGAUGGUUGGACAGAUAAUUCACAUAGGUCACUGAUUAAUUUUUUAGUGUACUGUCCUAAAGGACCGUGUUUUGUGAAAUUAAUGGAUGCUUCAGAUGUUGUAAAGGAUGCUGCAACAUUGUUUGACUUGUUUGAGGAAAUAGCUUUAUGGGUUGGACCAAACAAUAUUGUCCAUCUUGUCACUGACAAUGGAGCAAACUAUAAAGCUACUGGAAGAAUGUUGUCUGAAAAAUAUAGCAGUAUUACAUGGUCUCCUUGUGCAGCACAUUGCAUUAAUUUGAUGUUGAAAGAGAUGGCUGAGAUGAGUCACAUAGUCAACCUUUCGACACGUGCAUCUGAGGUUACAAAGUUUGUGUAUAAUCAUUCCUUUGUGAUGGCUUUACUGAGGAAAAAACAAGUUAUAUACCUUUACUUCAUAUGUUUAUAA